AUGUCCAGCAGCUACGGAGCCAUGCGACUCACAGGCGAGUGCGACCCCUUCAUGUCCAGCCCUGUCAGUCAAGUACCACCGCGUACGAAUCGAUCAUGGAAAACGAUGGCGCUUGUUGCCACGCUAGUCGUUGCCAUGUCAGGAUUUGCUGCGAUUGUACAGUCGUCUCUAGCUGCUCAACAGGAACGUCUGGCCAAGCUCGAGCACCACUUACUUGAGCUCAAAGCUGUGUAUGCUGCAGCUCUGACGCAGCAGCGUGUACCACCAGUAGAAUUCCAGGCUGACAGUUUAAUUUCAAGGACGUCUUUUGCUGUGGAUCAUGUCACGCCACUCAAGACUCAAGACGAACGUGGGACAUGCUGGGACUUUGCUACGAUUGCUAUACUGGAAAACAGCUUCCGGCAGCAAGGAAUUACUCGAGGAUGGCUGCAGAAAACUGAGUACCUAGCUCUGUCUGAACAAGCUUAUGGUGCUGAGGUGCUGCGGCUAUGUGCGGGUCCAGCUGACUCGCCGCAACAAGUGGCCUGUUUGAUUCCUGGCAAUGGUGUGUGGAAAAACACGACUGAAGGCGGCGACGCCACGCUGCUUUUGUACUUGAUGAACGGGUUAAAGGACAACAUUUAUCCUGACUCGGUCUGUGCGUACGACCCGUACAAUGACAGGAACGACACCGUGUGUGCUGCUCUCACGCCUGAGAACCGAAAAGUGAACCCACUGCGUCUCACGAUCAGGAGCAUGGAGACGCUCAUGGAUGAAGCAUCGAUCAAGCGAGCAAUGAUGACCCACGGUCAAGUCAUGUCGCUCACGACGGCUCUGCCGUACACAACGCGUUACUAUCCUUGCAUUGGCAAACGUGCUGGCGAAGAUCAGUGCGACCCUGCAUCAACGUCGUGCUCGCUGUGUCCACCCGAGCUGUCCAUGACGACGUGUUGUGUUCCCCUUGAAAAGGGCGAGAGCUACAAUAUGAAUGGCGAGUUCAUCACUAGUCACGUCAUGAACCCUGAAGGUGGACAUGUCAUGGCACUUGUUGGCUACAAUGACCUCUAUCGAACGAAGCAAGGCUUUACUGGUGGCUUUAUUCUCAAGAAUUCGUGGUUUGAUGGCAUUCACCCAGCGCUUGGACCAAUGCAUGCUCGAGGUAGCCACAGUCUCAAGUACUGGCUGCAGGAGAUCACAGAAUGGGAGGAGGCCAGUAUUUGCCCCAACAGCCGCAAUCCCGAGAACUGGUACCAGUGUGGCAAUACGGAUGAAGUCAUCAGCUCGAAACGCCACGGUGAUCCGAGCAUGAACAUUCCGCUGCCCAUUGAUCGCUCAACCUCCCCUGGAAUCGGUGUGGACUCGUGUCUAUCGCAGGAGACGGAGUUGUAUGCGAGGGUGAGUUUCCAGCCUCUGCACUUGCACUGCACUGAUUCGUUCUUCUGCGCUGUGAAUGACGAUUAUACGUACUUUGUGCGCAACACGACAACUUGGGGUGAUCGUAUGCUACGCAUGUGUUUGUUCGAGUACAACACGGUGACUGGCAAGUCGUCAGAGUUCUGUCUACCCCCAUUGUUGGCACAGAAGAUUGCGUACGUGUUGUCUCCCGUGGUGGACGAGAUACGCGAGAACGAUCCGGACGCUUGUGGCUUUUACUUUUACCCGUACGAAGUGCAGCGGCAGUACAAGGCCCAGUUUGGCAGUUUCUACGUCAACGAUUUUGACAUUGAGUGGCACGCGCAGUCGUAUGCAGCGAACAAAGCAUUGUAUCCAAAUCUGGACUACAGUGACGUGGAAAGGUCGACACGCAAGCAGAAGCGGUAUGACUUCGUCGGUCCGUUUCCGUUCGCUCGCAUUGUUGGUAAGGAGGAUCUACCGAGCGUGAUCGAGGUGUGA